AUGGCGGCAGUCAACGAGGGCCAGAUCAAAGUGCUAGAGCAGACCCGACAGCGGCUGCUGCAGCUGACGCAUUCGCUGGGCUCGCUCACAGGCAGCUUGCAACAAAGCGACCCGCUGCCUUCAUGGAACUCGCUGCAGUCUCAAGCUAGUAUUAUCUCAAACAACCUCAUCAACAUAUCCACCCAAAUCUCCGAACACCAUGAGCUUCUGUCAUCGCUAGUCGCCUAUCCCGCGCCGUCUUUCCCAGGAACAACUCAACAGGGCGUUCUCGAACAACUACUACGCACAAAGCUAGACCCUCGCGUGCAAGACUGGGUUGAAAAGGGGUUAAAGGCAGGCACCAAAUCCGCAGAAGAAAACAAAGGACUAUCAGAGGCCGAACUAGAGGAACUAUGGGCAUGGGCUCCGAUUGAAGCAAACCAAGAAGCCAGAAGGCGCAACUGGGGCGGCAAUUACACUCUUGAAGAGCGAGAAACGGGCAUCCAAAACGUCAUAACUGGCUUGAGCCGGCAACUGGACGACGACGACGAGAGCGAAGAGUCCGACGAGGAAGAAGAAGACGAAGACGAGGCUGCCGAAGACAAGAUGGAGAUAGUCGGGGUUCAUCGCCGGCCGGGAUCGUCGGGCGUUGAGUUUGAUAUUACGAGCGAGAAGCACCGAGCUCCAGGCGCUUUUUCGCCGGCCAUGCCACUCACCGAUGUCUUUCGUUACAUGAUGACCGGGGCCAAGCCGGGCUCUGAUGUGAAAUGA